AUGGACCAUCUCCCAGCACCCUCCAACCCCAGCGCCCCGCUCCCAGAAAUCCCAUACCUCUGCGAGGAAGAACCGUACGAUGAUGGAGAUUUCCUCACGUAUCCCGCUCGCAUAGGGGUCCCGCAGUUAAGCUCAGUCGAAACAGCGAUCAUUCUCCGCGCAUGGGAGAGCAAGAACCCCUUGGGCGACAAGGAAGUCGAGGAGUUUCUGCAGACGUGGCUGUUCUUCGGGUUGCUGCACGAGGUUUUGGGGAAACAUGGGCUUUAUGAUGUGAAGGAUCAUGUAGAGGGGGAUGAGGAAGGGAGGAAGUCUGUGCAUACGAGAAAGUUGAUGGUGAGGUUGAGGAGAUGGACGGAGAUUUUGCGGUCUUGGGAUGAGAUGGAGAAGGCGAAGGAAUUGAGGCAUUUACAGGAGUAUUUGAUACUCGCGAGAGAAGGGCACUAUCUCGUUCUCGCGGACCAUCACUCGAAAUGCAACCGCGCUGUUGUUUGGUCGCUGAGCGUCAUCCUUGAGACGCUUGCGAGCGCCAUCGAUCUCGCCUUCGUGGGGCCGACGCGGGAAGUCACUGUUUCGACUGUAAGGACAGAGUUCUCUGAGGACGAGACUCAGCAUAGGUUGCGCAAUGGUUGGUGUAUCCAUGAGGUCCUGGCGGCGCAGAAGGAGUUCAGCUCGAAUAUUGCGAAGUUUUAUCUUCUGCGGAUGCGGAAACCUGAUCUUGGACUUGAUCAUGGGGAUUGUGGGGCAGAUUCGUGUAAGAAGCUGCAGAUCGAUCUUCCGACUUAUCGACCACGCCAUAUCACCGAGGGCUGCAACUGUGACUGGGCAGGACCGACGCCGAGAGAAGUUGCGGAGUGUUUGCAGGGCGAUACGUUCCCUGUGCUGAGGAUCACAGGCGAUGCGCUUGGAGAUGUUCGGAUUGAAGUUGUGCCUUAUGUCGAAGGCAUGGUCUACGUCGCCUUGUCGCAUGUCUGGGCUGAUGGGCUGGGGAAUCCCGCUGCGAAUCGUUUGCCGCGGUGCCAACUCCUGCGACUGAAGAAGCUGGUGGAGGAUGUGCGUGGUGGUAAGAUCGUGCAUGUCGUGGACGACGGUGUGAAGCAAGCACCGGAGGCACCGCUUUUCUACCCAGAUCCGGCUCGGCAGAUUUUUAUCUGGUGCGAUACGAUCUGCUGUCCGGUGCAGGCUACUUCGAACCCCUUACCGCUCGAGGAACUGAUGGCUCUGCAGUCGAAAGCUAUAGCGAGACUGCGACAGGUGUAUCAGCAAGCCUCCCAUGCGCUGGUUCUGGACAGGAGUCUCGAGGAGAUCGACUUCCACAGCAUCGAUCGAGUCGAAGCAGCCGUGCGAGUCUACACCAGCAGAUGGAUCCGGCGACUCUGGACGUUCCAAGAAGGCGGCAUUGCAAAGAGACUGCUCAUCCAUUUCCGCGAUGCGAUCGUGGACCACCGAACGAUCUGGGCCGCGGUCCAUCACGACGCAGCAGAGAAGCCCGAGGCGAACACCAUCUCGUUGAGGCGGCAUCUGACCACUCACUGCUUUAAUCUCCGCUCUUGGUUCGCUCAGAAGAACGCUAGCAUCGACUUUCGCGGCCCGGUGUGGAGUCUUUGUUGGAGGAGAGUGAGUGUUCCGACAGAUGAGGCUUUGUGUUUGGCUGCUGCGUAUAACCUGGACAUGAAUGCGGCCUCAGCACAGCCUAAGGACCAGCGUAUGCAGGAAGUCUGGAGACAGCUAGUGGCCACAUCCAGGGGUAUCUCUGCCUUCAUCAUCUUCAACGCCCUGCCACGACUCUCUGCUCCUCGCUUUCGGUGGGCUCCCUCGAGUAUCCUGCAGACCGUCAAGCGCGGUGACAUUUUGGAGUUCGUGUUCAGGAACGUCGAAGAUGAGAGCGGGAGUUUGACAUCGAGCGGUUUUCGUGUGAACUAUUCCGGCUGGCGAAUCCGUCCUUGUGGUCCUCCUGGAUCAUUUCCGCAUGGGUUGGUCUCGACGAACGAACCUGAUCGGCAUUACCUGAGAGACGCUGAGGGACAUUGGUAUUCUGUGUGGGAACACAAAGAGCUACGUCCGGGGAGGAACGUCCGUCUGAACCACCUCUGGGAUGAAGGCCGCGGGGGAGGAAAUCGUCAAUGGCACAUCAUCCUCGACGUCUGCCACAAGGACCAAGAGACUGUUGGACGGAGAGGCCUCGUCACCACCUCCGAGCCUCGCGAGGGAGAGCAGACCAUCCACCACUCCGAAAUGGUCGUCUAG